ACGGCGCACACUCGGGGGCGGCGCCAGACCCACGUCUGCGUGACAGUUGUUGCGGGGGGAGGGCAGCCCAGACAAGGGGGAGGGAGUGUAAAUAGAGUGAAGGCGGCGGCCUGUUGACCCCGUCACCUCUUGGGCUCCGCGAGGAGCCUCCGGGAGGGAGAUGGAUGAAGAUGAGCAAGAGCAGCGGCGAAGAAAGGUGGAGGCCGGGAGAGCGAAGCUUGCUCACUUCCGACAGAGAAAAACAAAAGGUGACUGUGCGCAUCCGAAGAAAAAGACGGCGAAGAGGAAGGGCCCGGCUGUCGAUGCGCCUGUCCAGGAGGAGAGCCCGGUAGCCACCGAAGAUGGUGGACUCCUGGGAAGAGGGGACAUUUGCAAAAACACAUCGUGCAGCGACACCCCUGAUGGGGCAGGAGCAGCUCAGCUGGAGGACUCCGAUGGAGAGAGGACGGGGGCUUCGGCGCGGCCACAGCGGAACCCAGACGGCGACCAUCCGGAACCGCCUCGGGUCAUCACAGAGGCCCUGGCACCCACCAGUCAGCAUUCCGUCCCUGUGGAUUUGCCUGUUCUGGACAUUGCAUAUUCACAGAACCACACAGAACGUGAACAAGAACAUAUACUAGAAAUUGCAGAACGGAUGAGAAGACCGGAGGGUGAGGUUGGCACACAGCAGCCGGCGGAGAUGUGGCAGGUCCAGCUGCAGACCCAGCCGGUGCCCUCCCUGGAGCUGGAGGCGUUGCGCCUGAGUCUCAGCAACAUGCACACGGCGCAGCUGGAGCUGACGCAGGCCAACCUCCAGAAGGAGAAGGAGACGGCGCUGACGGAGCUGCGGGCCAUGCUCAACGGCCGGCACGCCCAGGAGCUGGCCCUGCUGCGGAGCAGACAGCAGCAGGAGCUGGGGCUUGUGCGGGAGCAGCACGCGAGGGAGCAGGAGGCGGCGGCGCUGCGGUACAGCCGCGAGACCGCUGAGCUGAAGGAGAAGUUACAGUCAGAAAUGGAGAAAAACGUGCGGAUGAUAGAGACCCUGAAGCAAGACUGGGAAUCCGAGAGAGGUUUAUGCCUGGAAAACCUACGCAGAGAAUUGUCUGCAAAGCAUCGAUUGGAGUUGGAGAAUUUACAAGACCAGUUUAAGAAAGAAUUGGCAGAACAGAAAGCUGAAUUGGAGAAGAUUUUUCAAGCCAAAAAUCAGGCUGAAAUUGCGCUGAGGACUCUGGAGGCUCAGCAUGACACAGACAUGAGGAAGCUGCGCGAAGACCUGCAGUCUGAGCGCUGCCGGCACUUAGAGGACCUGGAGCUGAGACUCCGCGACCAGGAGAUGGAAAAGCAGCGGGAGGUAGAGAGCCUCCGAGCAUCCUACGAAGAGCUGAAGGCUCAGUCACAAGAGGAAAUUCGGCGCCUGUGGUCCCAGCUGGAGUCCAUGAGGCCUGACAGACAGGACCUGACCGAGUUACCCGACCAGCUCCUGGCCCACGCGCCUCACGUGGAAGGACUGGGGCACCUAAAGCAAGACUUCCAGCAGCAGCAGCAGCAGCAGCGAGAGAAAACCGAGCAUGAGUCUGAGCUGGAGCAGUUGAGGAUUUAUUUUGAGCAGAAAUUAAAGGAUGCUGAGAAGAGUUACCAAGAAGACCUGAUUCUGUUACAGCAGCGGCUGCAGGAGGCGAAUGAAGAGUCUUUUCUGGAAUCUGUGGACAUCAGUGCGUUUUUAGAAGAGAGGUCUGAAAAACGAAGGAGAGAGCACGUUGAUGGACCCAGCCUUCAACCUGAGUUAGAAGCAGCCCACUGGCGCCAACUAGCAGCACUGAAGUCUUCCCUGGAAGGCCAGCAGGAGGUGGACCUCGCAGGGCCGCAGGUGAUGGAAGGGGAGCAGCAUGCAGGGUUCUCAGAAGGCCCUGAUGAAGAACUUGCUCGAGUGCCUCUCCUGUGUGCGCAGGACACAGCCUCGGAGGUAGAGACAGAGGUGGCAGCCAGAGUCUUGGGUUUAGAAGCUGAGCACAAGCUUAAACUCUCAUUUCUUCAGUCGGAGCUCAAGGAAGAAAUUGAUGUCUUAAAACUAGAAAAUAGAAAUUUACACGAGAGGUUGCGGCAUGAAAUCCGCCUGAAGGAGGACUUGGAGAGGGUAAAAUAUAACUUAGUUGAAGAUCACCAGGAGGAGCUGAAGAAAGCUAAGGAGAAGAUUCAACUAAUGAAGCAAGAAUUCAAAGAAAGAGAGGAGGAAUGGAAGGUGACAAGUGAGGGUCUAAAGAGAAAAGCUGAAGAGGAAGUGACGCUGAUGCUCCUUGACCUGAGGGAACAAGCUGAGUCUGAGAAACAGUUGAUAAUAAACAAGUUUGAGCUUCGAGAAAUCAAAAUGAGGCAACUUCAGGAUCAGCAGGCGGCCCAGAUCCUGGAACUGGAGGGGUCCCUGGUGGAGCAGCAGGGCCGUCUACGGCAGCUGGAGCUCGGGCUCGCUGGGGACGAGUUUCCGCAGUGCAGCCAGUGUGGCCGGGAGCCGGGUGGUGGUCUGGCUCCUGUGGACAAGGACUGGGAGCUUGCUACACUCCGCCUGAAGGAGGACUGUGCCCUCCAGCUGAUGCUGGCCCAGAACAGGUUUUUAGAAGAACGGAAAGAAAUCACAGAGAGAUUCACCGCGGAGCAGGAUGCCCUCCUUCGGGAGGCCCAGGAGAAGCAUGCCCGCGAGCUCCGACUCCUCCGGGAGAGACACCAGCAGCACGUUCUGUCCUUGACGGCGGAGCUGGAGGCCAGACACCGGGCUCAGGCGGAGGAGCUGCGGGCCUCCAUGGAGAGUGAGCACUGGGCUCUCUCAGAAGCCCGCGUGGCUGAACUGCGGACGAAGCACGCUGCCGCGGUCAGUGCUUUGGAGGCCAGUCACUCGUCACAUCUGGAUUCCCUGGAGUCACGUCACCGGUCUGAGAUGCAGGCCGUGAGGGAGGAGCACAGACGGGCUCUGGAGCAGCUGCGGGCACACCUCGCGGAGCAGCUGCAGGAGAAGGACGCGUCUCACCCUGCGGUGCUGACUCGGGAGCCAGAGGACGAGCUGAACCGUGGCCGGGACCUUCCGCCCGUAGAGGACGGCCUGAGGACGCCCGGGAGCACCAGCUGUUCUGAGGAUGGGAAAGCCCUAGCUCCCCACGAGCUUUGGGGAGCGCCACAGCAGAGCACCCUGAUUCCUGCGGAGGUUGAGGCCCAGGGCCCAGCUCUUCGGGCCGAGCUGCACGAAGAGGAGGAGAAGCGGCAGUUGUCAAAGAGCCAGUCCCAAGUGGUACUGGAGCAGCAGAUCCCACAGCCGAAGGGUGAAUUUGAAAGUGAAAAGGAAGUUGCUUUACAUGAACAAGAGAAGAUACAUAGACUGGAGUGCGAGCAAGUGCAGUCUCUGUACCAAAAAGAGAAAGAGACUUUGUUUCUGCAGCUUCAGGAGAAGAAUAACCAAAUUCUGCAGCUGGAAGACCAAAUUUUAUCCUUAAGACAUGAGGUAGAAGAGUGCCAUUCGGAACUGGAGAAGCUACAGCAAAGGCAUGAAAGGGAAAACCAGGAAGGCACGAAUCUCAUCUCGAUGCUGAAGUCUGACAUUGACCUGUCUGACCGUGAAAGGAGAGCUCUCCGAGACACUCUGCGGAGGCUGCUCGGGUUGUUCGGAGAGACGCUGAAGGCCGCCAUCACCCUGAAGAGCCGGAUCAGUGAGCGCGUGGGGCUGUGUCUGGAGGACGAGAGCCCGCGUGAAGUGCGGCCCAGUGGCCAGGCCCCAUCUGCAGUACCGGUGCUCGAGGAGACGUGGCCUGAAGCAGCCCUGCUGGAGCUGGACAGAACUCUGCCUGAAUGUGCAGAGGUGUCUUCAGAGGCUGAAAUCAGCAGUCACAUCUGUGAAAGCUUUUUCAUGAGCCCAGCAAAUUCACUAGAGUGUGAGCAGCCAGUUAGGAGGAUUUACCGGAGCCUUGGCCUGGCAGUGGACGGCCUCCUGGAGCUGGCUCUGGACUCCAGCAGGCAGCUGGAGGAAGCACGUCGGAUUCAUUCUCGUUUUGAGAAAGAAUUUAGCUGUAAGAACGAGGAAACAGCGCAGGUCGUUAGGAAGCACCAGGAGUUACUGGAGCGCCUGGACGAGGAGAACGCGGCCCGGACGCGGCUGACGCUGGAGCUGCACCAGGCGCGGGGUCUCAUCGAAGGGUUCAAGGUGGAGCAGGCCAGCUUGCAAGAGGCGCUGGGCCAGAAGGAGACAGCCGAGCAGGGCCUCGCCGUUGAGCUGGAGAGCCUGAGACGGCAGCUGGAGCGGGCGACCCAGCAGCAGGCAGAGCUGAGGGAGGAGAACUCCGUCCUGUGGACCCAAAAGGAGGCCUUGGCCGCAGAAGCAGGAGAGAGAGAAGAUGCUCUUCGUAGGGAGGUGGAGUGUCUAACCCAGGAGCAGCUGGAGGCCAGGAAGCAGUCUGAGAAAGACCGCGCAGUUCUGCUCUCGCAGAUGAAGGUGUUCGAGGCUGAGCUGGAGGAACAGCUCUCUCGGCAUGAAGCGUGUGCCAAGCAGGCUGAGGAGCUCUCGGCGCUGAGGCAGCAGAUGGCGGCUCUGGACAAGCAUCUGCGGAGCCAGCGCCAGUUCAUGGACGAGCAGGCUGUCGAGCGGGAACACGAGCGGGAGGAGUUUCAGCGGGAGAUCCAGAGGCUGGAGGAGCAGCUCCGACAGGCGGCCCGGCCACGGGGCCCAUGCGUCCGCGAUGAGCAGCUGGAUGAGGAGGUUGAAUUGCUACAAGAAAAGUUGAGAGAGAAAUCAGAUGGGUUUGAUGAACUGGUUAUAAAGAAAGAAUUGGCAGACAGACAAGUGUUAAUCCAGGAACAGGAAAUUCAACGUCUCCAGGAGACAAAUGCCAGCUGCCGAAGAGAAGCGACUGAACUGCGAGAAGAACUGGAGAAGCAGAGAAACACCGUGAAAGCGCUGCAGCAGGAUAAAGAGGCAUUACAGGAGCAGUGUGGAGUGGUGUCCACACUGCAGUCUAAACUCGAUGAGGGCAGUUGCCCCACACCUCCUGCAGGCACUUGUCCUGAGAGCCCAGAAGUCCAAUUAGAGGCAGUACAGACAGCGCUCCGGCAGCGGGAGAGUGAGGUUUUAGACUUGAAAGAACAGUUAGGAAAGAUUAAGGAUGACUUAGUCAGCAAGCGCGAUGAAGGGCCGCACCUGAACGUGAAGCCGGACACACAGAGCAGCCGUGCCUCCGUCAGCCUGCGAGAACUGCAAGAGGAGAAUGCUCGCUUGAAGGCAUUUCUGCAGAACAAAGAAAAGGAGAUCAUGUGUGUGAGCGAGCAGCUCGAGGCUCAGCUGGCCGGGAUGGGAAGGGGCGCGCUCAGUGAGGUUCCCUGUGACAGAAACUCAGAGAUCGAGGAGCUUAGGUCCGUCAUCGAGAAUCUGCGAGAGAACCAGCAGCGACUGCAGAAAGACAAGGCAGAGGAGAUGGAGCAGCUCCAUGAAGUCAUCGAGAGGCUGCAGAGGGAGCUCUCCCUCGGCGGCCCUGCGCCACUCGGGGCCCAGGUCAGCGAGCUGCCCGGCGACCCUGCGGCCAGCCCCGAGACGCUGGUGGCGACGGGGCCCGCGGGCCGGCUGCUCUCGGAGCAGGAGCGCCGGCACGGCCAGGCCCUGGAGGCCCUGCAGCGGCGCCUGCAGGCCGCUGAGGAGGCCGCCGCGCGGAAGCUGGCCGAGCUGGAGCACAGCGCAGCCCUCAGGGAGGCUGAGGUCCAGGGCAUGGCCUCCCAGAUCCGAGCCUUUGAAGCUGCCCUAAAAGCAAAGGAAGCGAAGAUUGCAGAAAGGGAUUUAGAAAUCGAUGCUCUGAAGCAGCAGAAACUGGCCCACUCCGCCGAGCUGGAGACCAUCCUGUCCGCCUUCGCCCGCUUCCGCCGUUCCCUGGAACAGCAGCCCCUGACCGCUGAGGAUGAGCCCCCAGAGCUUCAGCGGCUCCGAGCGCAGUGCGUCCGCCUCAGCCGCCAGCUCCAGGUGCUGAACCAACGGUUCCUGAGGUGCCAGAAGGAGCUGGACAAGCAGCAGGCGCGAGGGGCCCACCCGCACCCUCGUGCAGAGGGCAGCUCCCAGGGACGAGGCCCCGGGGGCGAAGAGGCCUCUGAUGACAAAGCGUCAGGGCAGGACGUGGGCACAGCCCCUAACAGCCGUGUCGGAGACCCACAGAGUGCAGUUAACGGUGAUCUGCAGCCUGCCAAAGCCCCGGUGACGCCAGACCACCCAGGUCCACACAGACAAGACCGCGUGAUGUCUGUGCUCGCGGCCUGCCAGAAGCAGCUGGAGUCUGAGCUGCUCUUGGUGAAGAGUGAAAUGCACUUGAGCAUGGACGACCGUGGCAAAGUGCCGGGAAGGAUGAAGAAUAAAGAAAAACUACUGGAAGAUUGUCAGCUGCAGAAAGUUGGUCUCAUAAGUCAGGUGAAAGAACUUCAAGAAAAGUUGAACCGUCUGGUGCAUUCUGUGAACUUCCAGAACAGUGAGACAGAGGAUUUCAAAUUUCAGCAGCCAUUGGCAUCUUCACAUGCUUUAGAAAAUAAUUUGAGUGACAGUUCCAGUAAUGGUGAAGAAACUGACAAAUUGCCUUUUGUUGAUGCAUUUCAUGUUGAUAAAACCACGCGUGAUCUAAUUGACCUUAGUGGAAAUCAGGAUUCAUUGGUAAGAAAUGAAAUGCCAAAUGUUCCCAUGGAAGAUAGGGUUGAUUUGCAGGAUGGAUCACUUUGUUUACAAGUGAGCCUGCACAGUGGCUCCCAUGACCUAACCCAUACCCAGGAGCCCGGUCCCGUGAAGAACGCACUCAGGGCAAUGGACCUGUCUUCCUGGAGCUCACCUGAGGUUGUCAGGAAGGACUCGACCCUUGAGCCUGCACCCAGCCUGCCCUUGACGCCCUGCUCAGAUGCCCUGAGCUUGGAUGCCUCUGCGCAGGACAGGACAAGUGCCUCACUUCAGGCUGACGAGUUGGACCUGCUUUGGUACCUGGGCGGGUCAGCGGCAGGAAAGGCCUCCAGGUGGGCAGAGUCUCCAUUGGUUGUAGACAGGGCUCCCUCCACUGACCACCAUGUGCAGCGGACGGCCGUGGAGAAAGAUGUUGAAGAUUUUAUUGUAACAUCUCUUGAUGCUCAAGAAAAGCCCAGAUCCUCUCCUGUUGGGUUCGAAGGAAAAAACAGCAGAAGUGAUAAUGGUGAUGGCUCGGGGUUUGGAGACAUGCUGAGCCAAGGUUCGGGAAGACUCGAUGCCCCCACAGCAAGUCCUGUGGUGCUGCGUCCCGCCUCUGGAAGGUUCCGACAGCCGCUGGAAGCCAUGAAGGAGAAGGAAGUCCAUCCGAAACAAGUGAAGGCUUUGCUGCAGAUGGUGUGUGAUGAGAGCCACCACAUACUGGCCUUGUCCGAGUACCGUGGGCCGCCCAGCGCCCUGAGCAAGGGCGAGCCAAGUGCCUCCCUCGAGCGAUUCCCAAGGGAAGGCCCUGGCCUGUUGGAGGCAAUCCCGGCCCUGAGGAGGCAUCCGAGCCCCACACUCCUAAAGGGAGAGAAGGAGUUUCCUGACAUGUGCCUCGACUGGAGAGGAGAGUUUCUACAGAUCGUUCAGGAGGCGUUUGGAAAAGAACGGGAGAUGCUGAGGGCCGAGUUGCAGCCCCGGCCCUGCGGCUCUGACCCCGGGGACCACAGCUCCCUGUUGCAGAGGCUAGAGAAGGUGGUCCAGGAGCAGGAAAAGUCCUUGGAGCACCUUCGCUUGUCAGACCGGAGCAGCCUGCUGUCCGAGAUCCAGGCUCUGCGCGCCCAGCUGCGGAUGACUCACCUGCAGAACCAGGAGAAGCUGCAGCAGCUGUGUGCGGCGCUGACCAGCGCGGAGGCCCGCGGGAGCCGGCAGGAGCACCAGCUGCGCAGGCAGGUUGAGUUAUUGGCCUACAAGGUUGAGCAGGAAAAACGUAUAGCAAGUGACGUACAGAAAACGCUGAAUGAAGAGCAAGAGAAAGCCAGCAGCGUUCGGAAGCUCCUGGUGGUAGAGCAGACCGUCGUCAGAGACUUAAGAUCUGAGCUCCGCGAGUGUAAACAGGACAACGAGAGGCUGCUGGCAUCCCUCAGCGAGGCGCAGAAGGAGGUCCUCCAGCUGAGGUCUGUGCUGGACAGCAAGGAGAGCAACCUGAAGGCCGCGCUGCAGGAGCUGGAGAGCGAGCGCGGGAAGGAGCGCGCCCUGCAGAGCCGGCUGGAGGAGGAGCAGCUGCAGCACCUGCAGAGGGAGGGCCAGAGCUCCAAGACCCUGGAGGAGCUAAGACUCUCUUUGGAGAAGCAGCACGCUCAGAGUAAUAGACUGUGCGUUGCACUGAAGCACGAGCAGACGGCAAAGGACAACCUUCAGAAGGAGCUGCGGAUCGAGGCCUCGCGCUGUGAGGCACUGCUGGCGCGGGAGCGGAGCCAGCUGUCCGAGCUGCGGCGCAGCCUGGAGGCCGAGAAGGACCGGUCGCUGGAGCUGGCCACGGCCCUGCGCCACGAGCGCCUCCUGACGGAGCAGCUGAGCGGCCGAGCACAGGAGGCCCCGGCGCAUCGCGCUCUGCUGAGGAAGCUGAAGGAAGAGAAGUCCCGCGUGGCGGAGCUGCAGGCGAGGCUGGAGCAGGUGCAGCGGCAGCUGGUGGCCGACGUGCAGAAGCAGCGUGCGGAGAUGGAGAGGGAGAAGGAGGUAAGGGGCGCGCAGGCCUCCGCUGUGGAGCCCGCCCAGGCUCAGGAGCCAACAGAGGGGGAGAGUUCCUCACAGCAGCAGGCAGGAUUAAAGCGCUCACAGGCGAGGCUGGCUGCACGGGAAGGACACAAGGACGCAAGGAGGAGAGCAGAGACGAGGCCCGGCCGGGCCGACGUGGAGAAGAGGCAGGCUCGAGACAAGGAGAGACUGCGAGAAUUGGAACUGCGGCGCCAGCGUGAUGAGCACAAGAUCCGGCAGCUCCAGCGGACGGUUCAGGACCUGGAGGCGAAGGAGGAGGCCCGCCAGCGCCAGUGCCCGGAGUCGGCGCGGCUGCAGGAGCAGCGGCUCAGCCUGGAGAAGGUCCGGCAGCAGCUGCUCUGGGCCGCCGGGCUCCUGACCAGCUUCGUCAGCCAGACAGUGGACAGGACAAUUGGCGACUGGACGUCAUCAAAUGAGAAAGCAGUGACGUCCUUACUGCACACGUUAGAGGAGCUCAAGUCUGAGCUGAGCGCGCCCAACUCCUCCCAGAAAAAAACGCCAGCAGAGCUGCAGGUCCAGCUGGUGGAUGUCCUGCUGAAAGACAAUGACUCCCUCACGAAAGCUCUGUGCACAGUGACCCAGGAGAAGGCUGAGCUGCGCCUGGCGGUGUCCCAGCUGGAGACGUCUCUGAAGCAGCACCUGCUGAAGGGCCGUGUCCGGAGCAGGCCGGACAGGUCUUCAUGGAGGCAAGACAGGGCGGUCUCACAGAGCUCACCGCGACAGCCGGAGGCAGGGUUGCCCGCAAGCGAGGAUGCAAACCCCUGCAGCAUGCGGGUGGAAAAACUAUAUCUGCAUUAUUUGAGAGCAGAAAGCUUCAGAAAGGCUCUGAUUUAUCAAAAGAAGUAUCUUUUACUAUUGAUCGGUGGAUUCCAGGACUCUGAACAAGAAACACUCUCCAUGAUCGCUCAUUUGGGAGUAUUUCCUUCCAAAGCUGAUAAGAAAAUUAGCACAUCUCGCCCUUUUACAAAGUUCCGAACUGCCGUCAGGGUUGUGAUCGCAAUAUUAAGACUACGUUUUUUGGUUAAGAAGUGGCAAGAAGUAGAUCGAAAAGGAGCUGUUGUGCAAGGCCGAGCGGCCCACCCAGGAUUCCCGAUGCCACGGCAGCAGCCUCCACCCAAAACCAGCACGUCCCCACCAACCCGGGAUGCAUCCUCCAGCCACACUGGGGACCCUGUGCCAAAAGCUUCCCCGUGCAAGAGGGAGAGAUCCGCUCCAUCCUCAAACUCAAAAUCAGAAAGAUCCCUGACUGCUUCUCAAGACCCUGAACAUUCGUUGACAGAAUAUAUUCAUCAUUUAGAGAUGAUCCAGCAGAGACUGGGCGGGGCACCUCCAGAUUGUACUUCAAAGAAAUCCUGCCACCAGAAAAUUAAACAAUGAAUAAAAUCCUUGCGGCUCUUACCUACGACAAUUCUACUUGAGGAGAAGAUUGGGGUUCUUUUUCCUUUGUCUAAGGGAAGCUUGUGGCGUGGCAUCUGGGCAGCACACAGUCUCCCCACGUGCCGGAGAUGCCAGCCCCCCUAGUGCGGCUCCUUAGGUGUUCUCACCUGUUUGUAAUACUACAAAGCCAAGUGGAGUACAUUCUGUGUAAUUUCAGUACGUCUUAGGUCCUUACCUUUCUGAGGUGACGUGUGCGCUCGUGAGUGACAGGCGUCUGCCCUGCCCCGGGCACAUUGGCAGAGCCCCUGCCCGCCUCCAAGAAGGAAGCAGAGCCUGGCCUCCUGUUGUUUAUUUUCUUCAAGUGUACAGAUGGGGACUUGGUUUAAAAACACAAACACACAAAAACCAAAAAGAAUAAAAGUCCAGCACUAUUUUAUUUGUGAACGGCC